CUGGGCUCGAAGAAGCCGGCCCCUCGGAGGCGGAGCGGGCUGGAGGGGCCGGCCGGGGAAGGCUUGACGCCCCGGCCGCUCCGAACACUCCCCGGGCAGACGCAGGCGCACGAGUCUGCGGCUGGGAAGAGCGGGCGGGGGCGGCUGGUCGCCCGGGACGGACUGUCAAUGACCUGCGAGGUGAUAGUGUUGUACUUUGCGAGAAGUGCUGAUUUAGCUGGAGUCCGCACUGAGACCAUUUCUGUGCCCCAGCAGUUAACAUCACUGCAGCUGUGGGAUGAAAUUGUGAAGAGACAUUCAAGACUGGCUGCCAUACAGGAUCAAGUGGUCUUCGCUGUCCGCCAGGAAUACGUGCUCCUUGGGGAUCAGCUGUUGGUCCUGCACACGGGUGACGAAAUUGCCAUUAUCCCACCUGUCAGUGGGGGUUAAUGCUGGGAAGACUUCCUC